GAAAUCGGUUUAAAAUGGAUAGAAAUUGAGACACACGUUCAUCAUCUCCGGUGCUGUUAGCAAAUCCAGAGAGGAGGAGAAGGAGAAACAGGAAGAAAUUGGUAGCAAGUUGUUCAUAAUCUGAUAAUCAACGAAGCAUAAUCAACCAAGUUGAUCGCCAUUGCCAACAAUCUCUCUCUCUCUCUCUCUCUCUCGCUCUCUGUUUUUCACAAGAUUCUCGGCAAAAAGCUUGUGGAGUUCACAAGAUUUGAGGACUCAAAAGUAGAAAAAUUAAAUGGAUUCUGCUUCUUCACCACCAUCUUCAUCAUCUUCCCCACUGAAACGACCUACUGGACAGGUUCUGGACGGUUCAGAAAUUAUGGAGUUGGUUGGCAACAACCACGUCUUCUCCUCUUUCGUCCACCAUAAGUUUCACGAGCUCGACACGGACAAAGACGGCAAACUUUCCCUCCAAGAACUUCACCCUACCAUCGCCGACAUUGGUGCCGCUCUUGGCCUUCCUCCUCCCGCCACUUCCUCUGGUUCCGACGGCAUUUACUCUGAGGUAAUCAAUGAGUUUACUCAUGGAUCAAGAGAAAAGGUAAGCAAGACUGAGUUUAAAAAAGUUCUCUCUGAUAUUCUGCUAGGCAUGGCUGCCGGGUUGAAGCGAGAUCCUAUCGUUAUACUUCGGAUCGAUGGAGAAGACCUCCUUGAAUUCAUUAAUAGCCCUGCUUACGAGGCCGAGAUGGUUGCCAUUUUUUCAAAAAUCGAGCAAUCCGAAGAAACUCUUCAUGAUAACAUUGUUAAAGCUUUUCAAAAUCUUACUGUGGAACAAGGGAUGCCUCCUCCUUCAGACUCCUGGGUUAUGAGCGAUAUCGUCGAACCAGCUCUCGAAUCGUGUGCUCUAGGUGAGAAUUGGGGCAAGCCUGUCUCACAAGAGACCUUCCUGUUGGAGUUCAAGAGAGCUGCUGAGCAUGUGGCUCAACGCCUUAAAGAACAGCCUGUUAUUGUUGCUCACAGUGAAAACACCUUUGAUGGGAGUAGCAUCAGGAGAUUGUUAUCCAACAAAUUUGAACUGGACAAGUCGCUUAAUACGGCACUUCAGAGUGUCCCUAAAGAUAAGACUGGGAAAUUGCCAAAGGAACAUCUGCAGUUGGCGCUCGAUUUGGUUGCUCCGCUAGCCGGUUUACCGCCUCUGGGCGCCCUCGACGAGAUGGACAAGCUGGUUGUUGAUGCAUUCAAGAUGGUAGCUGCGGACGACGGGAAGGCGGUUAAGGAAGACGAGUUCAAGAAACUAUUGACCGAGAUUCUGGGGGCAGUGAUGCUGCAGUUGGAAAGCAAUCCAAUCUUAGUGUCUUCAAAUUCUGUUGUGCAUGAGCCUCUAGCCUGUUCUUCUACACUUUUGACACCAUCAUCUUAGUAAUCCAUUAUAAGGUAAAGGAAAAUGACAUAGAACUUGUAUAAGUUAUCCUAAUAUGGGGAGCUAAGGCAUGAAUUGGCUCCUUCUACAGGCUAUAAAAUGAUGCUCCCUCGAGUGAAUGUAUGUAUCAGAUUUGUUGUAUUAUGUUAUAAACCAUACUUUGUGUGUAUCAGAGCA